UGAUGUGAAAUUAGAGAUUAAUUUUAUUAGUUAAUAGGAAGAAGGAAGAGGAAAGUUAGUAAGGAAUGGCAAUCAAAUAUGUGUGGAUGAGAGGGAGAUUUAAUCAGAAAGUUUGGUGCCAGAGAACAUGCAAAUCCCUUAGCAUGCUGCUGAUGUUGCAACAGAAAGCACUAAAGAUAGUUACAAAUCUCCAAACUUUGAUUUUUGUCCCAUAAUUUAAAUCCAGUUCAACUCCUCAGUUAUGGUUCAAGGAAUCAACAGCGAUUCAGUCCAACAUGGAGAGAACACACACAAAAUCUGCAUUAAAGACAAGAGAUCAACUCAAAGACAAAUAUUCCAAGGUUACUCCGAAGUCUCCGGCCAAGGAAAAUACUAAGCCACUAGAAUUCAAACUUCACACUGAACAAAGAGCGGUUAAGCGCGCAAUGUUCAAUUAUUCAGUGGCGACCAAACUAUAUCUGUUGGAGAUACAGAAGAAACAAGUGGAAAAAUUGCAAAAGAUGAUAGAAGAAGAAGAGAUUCGAUUGCUAAGAAGGGAGAUGGUUCCAAAAGCCCAACUCAUGCCUUUCUUCGAUAGACCAUUUUUCCCGCAAAGAUCCAACCGGCCUUUAACAAUCCCGAGAGAGCCCAGCUUGCGCACUGUUAAUACCAAAUGUUGGAGUUGCAUCUCGGAGAAUGAGCUCCAUUAUUUUCAGCAUGCUCACGCUUGGAACCCCAUCAAAUGAAUAUAUUUCAACCUAAUUGACAACAAACUGCAGCAUGAUUGAUGGCGUGCAUUCAUGAUGUACAAUAUAUAUAUAUAUAUAGGAUGUCCUAAAUUCACGUACUCAUUUAUAUCAUUAGCGGAGUCUGUCUCUGUCCUUUUAGAGCUAUCCAUAUAGCCAGAAACCCUUUCCCAGGCUUGAUAUAUAGUGUCUCCUAAAUUGUCAAAUAAAGACGGAUUGUAUUUUCAUUUUGCCAUCAGAAACUCAAAUUUCCCUUUACAUGCCAGCUGAGUCCUUGUCUCUUGCAUGCUAACAAGCCAAUAAAUUAAGCACAAACAAGAGCUCAAGAACAAGCAACUUACGGUAUAUACCAUUCAAAUGACUA